AUGAAGGAGUUCAUAGGCCCAGACUUCACAGCCAUAGACAACUCAAUCAACCAGUCCAUUGGGAAAUACAGAGACUUCCUACAAGCAACAAAGAUCAAGAAAUAUCAGCGAGACACAGAGGACUACCAGCUCAACCAGGUCUACGCAUGGGAAGGCCCAAGGACGGGAGCACCGAGAGGCCGACGUAAGGACACACCACUGACCGGGGGAAGCAGAUACGCAGCAGCUGGGGGACAUGGAAACGCAGACACAGAGGCAUCCACUGAGAGUGAAUUCCCUACAGACAGCGACCCCAGCUAUCAUCGCACAAAUACUUUUUUUUUGUUGUCCGAAAGCAGUACAACAAGGCACCACUAAAGAAAAUAAAUUAUGUAGGAGAGGCAAGUGGUCAAAGAUGGGACCAGGAACACAGACGUGGACACGUAGCUACAUCAGGACACGUUAAUUAACCUCUCCAAAAAAGAGCUCACUGACACACAAGUCUCAGUCUUAUCUAAGGGCCUCUCUUUUGUACCUACAUGCACAGACAAACCAUUCAAUACAAAAGUAGAUCUGUUUAAAUUCUUUCGCAAGAUUAAACUUAAACACGUAUUUUCUCAAAACACUGUUUCUGGCCUGGAAACCCAACCAAGAACUGUUACCCAUUUUAAGCCCCAAAACAAAUUCUGUCCUACAGUUAACAACUCUUCGAUUAAUACCUAUUGUCGGUUAGACGAACAAGAAGCCAUGUCAGUAUAUACGAGAAAAACAAAUUUUAAUUUAAUUAACUAAUGAAAGAGUCAUCUUUGUUUAUUAAACCUGCAGACAAGGGGGGUGCUGUGGUAGUCUUAGACUAUGAAAAAUACAAAGAAGAGAUUCUGAGACAACUCAGUAAUGAACGUUUCUAUAGAAAACUGAGUGUUGAUCCCACACAGGUGUUCCAAAGGGAUAUAAACUCUAAUCUGGAGCAAGCCCUAUUAAACAACCUUAUCUCAAAACCUGAAUAUGAAUACCUUUGCUGCAAAUGUGCCAUACGUCCAUGCAUGUACAUUUUCAGAAAUUACACAAACCUAAAAACACAACAAGGCAAUUAUCCAGACAGACCAGUGGUUGCAGGAAUAGGCUCAAUGCUAGAGCCAUUGUCGAACUUUGUAGACUAUUUUAUUAAAUCUCAUGUGCAAGCAUUGCCAUCAUAUGUGAAAGACCCUAUAGACUUCAUUAACAAGAUCUCACCAAUAACGGGAUUAACAGAAGACUGUAUUUUGGUCACAUUAGAUGUCGAGAGUCUAUAUGCCAGCAUUCUCCAUACGGGGGGAUGUGUAACAGAGCAAUAGGUCUAACUAUGUAGCUACUUGUCAUUUGGUUGAGACUAACAUUAGUUUGAAAAUAAUUGUUUGCGCUGUGUAUAUUUGUCGUGUAGUUGGUUGGCUCUGCUCAAGUUAGCCAAUGUUGAAAUGCCCAGACGAGAUGAGAGCAAACUGCUACAAAGAUAGCAUCUGAGAGAUAUCACAUUUUUUAGAUGGCUAGAUGUAAAUAUCAAACCAAUGCAAUGAUAUACAUUGUAUUGGCUUGCUAUAUGAGCUGCUUUUCCUGAAAAUGUCUAUCUGAUAUAGCUAGCUAGUUGUUGUUCUAGUGCAAUGUACAUUAAAUGUUACAGCCACAGCAUCAUGAUCAUGAUCAUGUAGUCAUGCAUCUGCAGACCAGCAAGGAGGAGAAAGCCUGCUGUGGGUGAGCUAGCUAGAACAACAUCAACUAGCUAGCUAUAAUAUCAGAUAGACAUUUUCUAGGAAAAGCAUGGAUAGAGCUAGUUAUCCGUAGUAACAUUGUUAUUUGAAACCACAACAUGCACAUUAUCUGUAUCUGAGUUACAUUCCAGAUUAUGCUUUAAUCUAUUUGUACUGUAUUGCUAUCUGUCUCAAGUUGUACAAAUCAUCAGCAUGAAGAAUACUGAAUUCUGUAGAAUUGUCAAGUGGACUGAAUUCUCAUUAAAAUAAUGUUGUGCCUCUCUUUCUGAUCUGCCAAGCACACCUCUGCCUCUGCUAGCCACACAACCACUGUCUCAGAGUGGUUGGGUAAAGCUGGGUGUACACUACACGAUUAAAGGCCCCGAUUUAGCUGUCCCAGACAAGAUUUUGAGAUCGGAGACAAAAUCCCCAUGUCAUUGCCUAUUCGGGGCGCGCAGCCGUCACCAACGGUUGUUGGCUAGAUAUUUCAAUACUGUAAGGCAAGCGUGAAUAUAUGACUGAAAACCUAUGUUGCUAAAAACGUAUGAUGCUGCUUUGAGCCACAGCUAGUUCUAGCUACGUUAACAACCUAAUGACAUCGUCACAUCAUUGUUUUCACGAGACGUCAUGGUGAUAUGGAGAAUCCUCACGACCAAGUGAAGAAUCUUGUAGUGUCUGACACCCCGUCUAUGCCAUAUUGUUUAGUGUGCGCACCACCACGUUGGCAAGACAAAAAACUACACGGUUGUUUAAUGUGAGAGGCUCAGCGAUGAUUUUGAAAGUUGUGUACACCCAGCAUCAGCUCCUUCCUGGAUGGCCCUGUCCAGGGGUGACAUUGAAUGUGGCCACAGUGUCUCCCAACCCCCCUGUCUUAGUCCCCAGUAAUUAUUCUAACUAAGGUUAUGUGCCGGGGGGCUAGAGUCAGCUUGUCUUAUCUGGACCCGUAUAGAGUAGGAGUGCUGAUCUAGGAUCAGUUUUGCCUUUUAGUUCAUAAUGAAUGAAAUUAUAUGGACUGGUGGGACCUGACCCUAGAUCAGUACUCCUACUCUUUCUGAAUAAAGGCCCUGGUGUAAUGUGUGAUCUUAGGUAUGCUCCCACUAAUACUCCCUCCCCCUCUUGAUCUCUGUGUCUCCCCUCCCAGAGGACCUGAGCCCCUGGUCGUGCUGCUGUUCUGACUGCAGCUGUGGACCCCUGGCCUAAUUUCACUGUGCAUGCUACCUUGUCCCGGAUCUCUGCUGAUCAACCUCAGCCAGGUAGUCACUGUGCUUCUGCCUCUGCAUUGCUUGAUUUUUGGGGUUUUAGGCUGGGUUUCUGUGAAGCACUUUGUGACUGUUGAUCAGGGCUGUCCUGAUUAACGUGAGACAAUAGUCAUGCAUUUAUAACAAGAACAGUGAGUGUUGUGUUGGGGUUGUAUAUCCUUAUUUUGCAAAUGUGAAUGUUUAGCUGAUCUGGAGUAGACUACAUUUGGAUUUAAAUUAUUCACCAAGAUGACUAACACCCAUCAUUAUUCAUGACUCCCAUCCACAUGCAAUCCACCACCACUUUUCUAAUGAACACUCCUCCUCAAUCUAUUGUACAUGGUACAACAACAUGUUUUAUGUAGUUUGAGUAAUAUUCCCUUAUGUCAAUAACAGCUUUUACCCAUCAUGGCAACAUGACUGAAAAAAUCUUUAAACAUGUCUAGACGUUAUGGAGAUUAUGGGGGUGAUGCUGUUUCCCAUUUUUCCAGUGAGAUACCCACUGUCCCGCCCCUCCCCCACCCCUUUUCUCUCCCUCCCUCUCAGGAUCUUGUUUGCAGACUUCUUCCUGAUUAACCUGAUCCUGUGGGUGGAGGGCUUCUUGGCAGCCAUCCUCUUCGGCACACUG